CUUAAGACGCUUUUUUGUAAAGACGACUUCAAUUGCAUAUCGUGGUGCUAUCUACAUACAUAUGUAUGUAAAUACAUAUUUACAAGUAUUUUUCUUUGGUUUUUGAAAGUUUUCUUACGCUACGCUGAAGGCGGCGGACUUGAGUACUACUUAGUCGCGUUUUUGCCAUUUUAACUGCAUAUCUGCUAUUGUUGGCUUUCAAGUUCACGUAGUAGCAUAACUCGUAUGUAAUAACAAUUAGAAUCGCGUUGUAAACGCAAAGUCCAAACACGUAAAAUAGCAUACAUAUGUAAUGGUAGUAAUUAUUAAAAUGAUUAAUUAAUUAAUUAAUUCAUGGUGCAUGUGUAACAAAGCAAAUACAUUGAUGUACAUAUGUACGUGCGUAUGUACAUUUGAAGUGUAGUGAUUUUUCAAUUUGAUUUUGAUAUCUUUAAAGCAAACUGCAUGAACAACAAACACAUCCGUUUUCUGCGUAAAAAAAAAUUUUGAAAAUAUUUUUGUGUACGUAAAAUGAGUUUGGCCGGUGAUAAAACGUUCAAGAUGAGAAUGCGCGACAUGGAAAACGCUUUCAAAUAUCGCCGGAUACCAUAUCCAAAGAGAUCCGUUGAACUCAUCGCUAUAUUGGCCAUAUCCUGCACAUUUUUCCUUUUUAUGCAUACAAAUAAAUUAAAUAGUCGCCUCAAGGAGAUGGAAGUGAAAUUACAACCAUCGGAAUUUUCAGCACUCGGCUUAACUGGUAAUCACAUCAAUUCAAGAGAAUCAAGACGUGAUAAUAUCAAUACACUUCAUGGCACAUAUCAAUACCUAAAAAGUACUGGCCAGCUACAAUAUCUAACACCAGAAAGUGUCAAUACAACAACAAAAGCACAAGUAGGAAUUGUCGUAUUCAAUCGUGUACCCAAAGUGGGUAGUCAAACAUUGAUGGGCCUCUUGAGAUUCCUUGGCAAACGUAAUGGAUUCGAAGCGCGUCGCGAUAAACCCUCCUUAAUGGAGACUGUACUGGUCACACCUGCUUUUGAAUUAGCGCUAGCCGAUGAGAUAAUGGAGAAAGGAGCACCAACAUCAUAUUCAAAACAUGUGGCAUUCAUAGAUUUUGGCCGCUUAGAUUUGCCAUGGCCCAUUUAUAUAAAUCUUGUGCGUCAUCCGGUAGAACGUUUAAUUAGUUGGUUUUACUAUGUGCGAGCGCCUUGGUACAUUGUGGAGCGUAAACAGAAUUUCCCCAAACAAUAUAAGGUACCGAGCAUAGCGUGGUUGAAGAAAACUUUCGACACAUGCAUUUUGGAACAUGAUGCGGAGUGUAUUUUUGAGCAGGGCGACGAUCGAGGUCUGGGUGAUCAUCGCCGUCAAAUGCUAUUCUUUUGUGGGCAAAAUAAAGAAUUGUGUAUGCCAUUCAAUUCCUACAAGGCAAUGCAACAGGCAAAACGAAAUGUUGAAAAUCAUUAUGCAGUAAUUGGUACUUGGGAGGAGACUAAUAUUACACUGACAGUGCUGGAGCAUUACAUACCGAGGUUCUUUGCCGGAGCAACAGAGACUUAUUACAAGCCUGAAAAUCGUCUGCAUCAAGUUAAUAGAAAUUCUAUCAAACCAAGUGUUUCGCAGCAAGUUCGUGAAAUAUUACAUAAAAAUCUAACUAAUGAAAUUGAAUUUUAUAAUUUUUGUAAACAACGUCUUUAUAAGCAAUAUAUUGCUAUUAAAUUACGUAGACCACGUAUUCGUCAUAAUGAAGUUCACGCACAAAGCAACAAUGAGAAUAUUGAAGAGCAACGCGAGCAGAGGCAUAGUCCUCCGCAUCAUCAUCGACAACGUCAUCAUCAGCAUCGUCGUCAGCAAAAUGGAGAGAAUGCUCGCAAUAAUGACGAAUAUGAAGAAUCGCUCGACGAUGCAUAUGAAAAUGAUGAAAGUCAUGAAGAUACUCCAGAGUGGGGUAUUAGCGCUGACGAAUUGAAUAAUACAAAGAAGGCUGACAUAGAUAUGAUAUUCUUUAAUCGGGUAGCCAAAGUGGGUAGUCAAUCUUUAAUGGAACUUAUGUCACAUUUGGGUCGACUCCACGGUUAUAAAGCAUCACGCGAUGCUGGCAAGCGUUACGAAACGGUGCUGUUGGCACCACAUCUCCAGCGUGAAUUGGCAGUCGAGAUUUUAGGAAAGCAAAAACCACAUGCCUACUCUCAACAUUUGGCCUAUUUGAAUUUUACGCGCUUUCACUUACCCAGACCCAUUUAUAUUAAUUUGGUUCGACAUCCUAUCGAUCGUGUCAUUAGUUGGCAUUAUUAUAUUCGAGCCGAAUGGUAUUACAUAGAUAUGAAGGCUAAGUUGGGUGAUAUGGCACCACCACGACCUUCGGACGAAUUCAUGAAUAUGGAUAUAGAUACAUGCAUAAAAACCAAAAGUAUAUUAUGUACAUUCAAUCAGGAUGAGGCAACAAAUGAAUCCGGUGAUCAUCGCCGGCAAACACUAUUCUUUUGCGGACAAAAUAAAAAAUUGUGUAUGCCCUUCAAUUCCGUUACGGCAAUGCAAAAAGCCAAACGAACGGUCGAACAAGAAUAUGCCGUUGUUGGAACGUGGGAAGAUACAAACAUAACGCUAACAGUGCUUGAACACUAUAUACCGAAAUAUUUCAAACAUGCAAAAGUCGUGUACCACAUGGGUAAAGAACGCUUAUCGUCUGUGAAUAAGAAUCCGGCAAAGCGACCAGUUAGCCAGGAAACGCGUGACAUCCUUAGCAAAAAUUUCACCAACGAAAUUGAAUUCUAUGAAUUUUGCAAGCAACGUUUAUAUCUACAAUACAGCGCGAUAAGUAAAUUCAACAAAAUCGACAAUGAUGACUAUGUUCUAUUGCCGCAUUAUAAUAAUAAUGAUGAAAUAUAUAAUGAGGAUUAUUAAAUAUGUAUGUACUAUAAGGUGAUUCAAUAAGACCGCAGAUGUUCGUAAUAGGGCGAUUGUUUCAUGCGCUGUGUGG